AUGGUGAGAAAGACGCAGAAGGGUGCCGGUACUACAUAUACCAGAGAAAAAGCUUUAUCUGAUGUUCGGAAUGGCAACAAAACGACUCGUGGAGCAGCUACUCUUUAUAAUAUACCACGAUCAACAUUAAAACAUUAUAUAUUAGGGACUCGGGGUAAAGAAGUCUUAAAAAAAGAAUCGAAGUCAAAACCCCAGGUCAAGAGACGAAGAAUAGUUAGUAACUGCGAAAUAAUUACUUCUAAUGAAUAUCUAAAAAAACGAGAGCAGGAAGACAAGGAGAAAAAAGAUGCUAUACAAAGAAAAAAAGAUGCCGCUUCUAAAAAAAUAAAAAAGCAAAAUAAAAAACCGGAAAAAAUUAUUGACGAUGAAGCUAGUGAUACAAGCGAUAAUUUUUUAAUUCAAGAAAGCGACAAUGACUCGAAAUUUUGGUCUUCAGAAGAUAAAGAGCCUAUCAAUGAUAACUGCUUUAAUAUAUGUGACUUCUGUAUAGUUAAGGUUUAUGGAAAAACGGCUGCAGUUUUCAGGCUUUAUGUGGCUAAACAAAAAGACGAAUUUGUUGGAAGAUUUUUCAAACGACACCCACAAAUAUGGAAAUUCAUAGAAACAGAUGAAGAAUCGUUAAUUGCAAAAAGAGAUAUUAUACGUAAAUUGUCCAAGCCGAUUAAAAGUAGUUCAGCUCGUUAUAAAGAUAUGAUUGGCUUUAGCACUGAUCUUUCAGAUCUCACCAUCUUAUGUUGA